CAUCAAGCAAGCCUGCUAGCUAGGUAGCUUGCCAAAUUGGCUACCCUAGAUGGCAUACUGGUGAUCUGAUUGAUUGAAGCAUUCAUGUUUCGAAGGAUUUUAUAUUCUGCGACUGUUGAGAAUUAGUUUUUUUAGUUAAGUAUAAAUCCACCCUGUUAGAUUUUUACUUUAGAUCGGGUCUAAAGCAUAAUGGCGAGUUUCGGAAGCCGAGUAAGGAGCCGCUUGGAAAAGACCUGUCGUUACAUUCCGAUCGUGGUAAACACGGUGCUGGUGUUCUCCAUCACGGCAGAGGUUAGCUAUCUUGUGGUGGUGGAGGCGCCCCGGGACCCGGUGCAACAGAAAGGCGAGUCGUCGGCGGUGUGGAAAUCUGUGCACCUCUUCUGCCAGUAUUUCAUGCUGGGGAACAUCGCGUGGAACGCCGCGCUGUUCGUCAGAACCAGUCCCAGCAUCCGUGGUGUGUUCCUCGGCGGGGAGGGCGUGGGUCAGGGCUGGAGGUACUGUUACACCUGCGAGACACACACCCCGCCACGCUGCUCACACUGCUACGACUGCAAUGUGUGCAUGCUGCGCCGCGACCACCACUGCGUCUUCUUUGGCCAGUGUGUGGGCUUCCGCAACUACCGCUACUUCCUGAGCUGCCUGCUGUUCAUGUGGGCGGGGCUGCUGUAUGCUGUGGUAAUGAACGCAGAGGUGUUCAUCGUCAUCCUGAAGGAGGGCGUGACACUGCACAGUGUGAUGUUACUGCUGGUGCCCUGGAUCAUGCUGGUGUCUGGUCAGGUGAGCACGCGCGCCUUCGCGUUCGCCUUCAUCGCAGACACAUGCGUGGUGGGCUUCCUACUGGUGUCCGCCUUCCUGUUCUUCCACGUGGCGCUGAUGCUGCGGGGCCAGACCACGCGGGAGUGGUACUCCAGCCGCCGGCCUUACAGCCUGGGCCUGCUGGCCAAUGUGCGCGAGUGCCUGGGCCAGCGUUGGUACCUGUGCUGGCUGUGCCCCCUCAUCCCCUCCCUGCUUCCCGGCGACGGCAUCCACUUCCGCGUCACCGGGCCCCUGGAGCCGGCCAGUGGCCCCGCCCUCCAGUAACCACAGGGGUUGGGCUUGGUCGGCGGAACACCUUCCAAAGGGGGCGGGGGGGAUUACCUUUACCCUCAUUCCCUCUCCAGGGGCCAGCCUUUACCCUGGAGAUAAAGGGACUUUUAUGGUUUAAAAAAACAAUGUACAGGUUAAAUAUUUUACUGAAUUCUUGCGGUGGCUUGGGUUGGGCAACAUUUUAUCAGAAAUCAGAUGGGCUGGUAGAUUAUGACACGAAGGAGCUGCUGAGUUAUUGAACACCUACUUGCCGCGGUAUCCUGGCGCAGACAGGGUGUGUUGACCACGGGUUUGCCUGGACAUGGGUGAAUGGACACAGGCCUGUCUGACAAACUGAAAACCUCUUGUACGCAUGUAGGUGUGCGUACGUUUCAAAGGAAUGGCUAGCUGCACAGUCAGUGUUUUUAUACUUUGACACAUUUCUGUUGUUGAUUUAGGGGGUGAGGG